AUGUUGGGAGUGGCAUUUCGGAUGAUCCUAGUAAUGGCACUUGUGGAUGCCCGUGUGCUGUACAGAAGUGAAACCGCGGAUGCAGAUCGUAGUGCAUCGAGUAGUUCGGAUGAAGCAGAAAUCUUCGUGAGCCAUGACAAUGAUGGGAAGGCAGUGGUUUCGAAAAGAUAUCUGGAUCCACCGCCGGGGAAGAAUGUGUACAUGGUCAAACGAGUAAAUCCCAAACCGGUACCGGUUACGGAGAGUUUAGUGGCUGUAACGAGCAAAAGUUGGUCCAAGAUUUUGAACAAACUUAGCGGAGACCAUGAUGAGGAGUCCAGUGAAGAGGUAGUGCAGAUGGCACCUCCUUUGAAGGUCAGAAUGAGUGAAAACCACGAUCGAGAAUUGGAAUUUGUGGAAGAUGAGGUGCAGAAUCCCAGUGAUCCUAUGGUAAUUGCACAGAAAUGGUUUCCGAUUUUGUUGCGAAGAGCAGUUGAUAAUAUGAGGCAGAACAUUUCGAAACACGACAUGAAUCACUUGGUGGAAGAGCUUAGCUUUGGAGCGUUGGAUCCGGAGGUGAACAAUGAGCCGGAUAAGGCAAUUAUGAAUCGGAUGCUUCAAAAUGCAUACCAAGAAAGGACUAACAGUAAUGAGGCAGAGUUAAACAGUGCUUCUGAAGUAUCGCCCAAGUACAAAAGAUCAUAUUGCCCCAGUCAUAAAUUAAGUCAGGAUGCCUGUGCUUCGCCGUAUGUAGUUAACAUAUUCAACAACUCACACAUUGGAUAUUUGGUGUUGAAACCCGCUGGUAACGGUUCUGAUGAAAAUUCGAAAAACUGCUCACAGCAGUCAUCGGUAAUAUACGGUCCACUUCCACAAUCGUUAAAUUUCUCAUUUGCAUUGCCAAAUUGUAACAUACCAUGUGCACAGUCUUCUGGCUCGUUCAGCUUAGAUUUUUUGACUAAUUGUGGAAUGAUUCCUACAAAUCCAUGUCCGUCAACUACCGAAGAAUGUAUGACCACAACUAGCACUACUACCUCUACCACGAGUACAACAACGACGAGCACAACUACCACAACCACUACCACUCCAUGUCCGACAACCACCACCACCACUACAACCACAACUACCACGGCUUCGCCAACUACCACAACAUGUGAACCGAUUACAACCCCCGCUACGACUUGUGAGCCCCCAGUUAUCUCUACACCAUAUUACCCACCACCGUACUACCAUCCCCCUCACUUUCGACCUGCUGACUUCCCCUGGUACAAACUCUCCCAGGCAGAAUACUACCCAAGAAAAGCUUACUUUGCUCCACGCAGCAAGUACGAAGAAAGAGUCAUCUACGACCCAUAUAAACAUCUAGCCUACGACAUUCCGGGCGAUGACUUCGACUGCAGCAAUGAAGAAGAAUACCCCUCCGCCCACUACCACGUCAAACGGGAACCGCAUAAACCGGUCAGAACAAUCAAGCACAAGCCUCAUCUCCCGAAAGCAAUGACUACCAUCGCUCCCCGCCAGCAACCACUGUCACAAUCCGAGGAAGCCGUCCGGUUGAUCAUCGAUCUUCCACCCGCCUUCAAUUCACAGGAGGUUCGUGGCGAUACGCAUCUGAGGAACACGCUAGCGAAGAUUGGCCUUUCGCUCGAUACGGACCGACCUCCGGUGGCGAAACCAGUCGGAUCGCCCGUGAAGAGCCGUUACAGAACACUUUCACCCAUCCGAAGUCACCGAACGCAGCAUAAGGGGAAGAUUCGUGAAAUGGACGAGAUAUCACAUAGAAAGCUCGACAGAAGUACUACUUCUCCAGCGUUGUUUUUGUUUUAA